AUGUCUCGUCAAAAGUCUGAACAAGAACACUUGCAAAUGAUUGGUACGAAAAAUUGUGAUCAACCAGAAACAAAAACUCUUCUGAUUACAACUGUGGACAAAUACGAGACGAACAUUGUCCAAGGUAAUCGCGAUAAUUGGAGUAAUCGUGUUGUUUAUCUAUUAUCGAUUAUUGGCUUCGUUGUUGAUCUGGGCAAUGUUUGGCGAUUUCCAACAACUUGCUAUCGAAAUGGCGGUGGUGCCUUUCUCAUUCCCUACUUUACAUUUUUAUUUCUUGUUGGUCUUCCCUGUAUGUAUAUGGAAUUAGCCAUUGGACAAUAUCAUCGUCUCGGCUACUUAACCAUUUGGAAUAAAAUUUGUCCACCACUGAAAGGAAUUGGCUAUUCAAUGUUAAUCAUUAACUUCUAUGUGUUAUCAUAUUAUAACACGAUUAUUGCCUGGUCGAUUCAUUAUUGCAUAGCAUCAUUUCGUGCCGUUGUUCCAUGGACCUUUUGUAAGAACGAUUGGAAUACCGAGAAUUGCUAUUCGCUACAUGGCAAACAGAUUUUGAAUAUCACAUCGAAUGUUUCAGCAUCAUCGGCUGAUGAAUACUUCGAACGGCGAAUGUUGAAAUCACAUUUAUCACCAAGCAUAAAUUUAUUGGGUUCAUUACAAUGGGAGCUAGUUGGAUGUUCCAUGCUGGUUUUUCUUCUUAUUUAUCUAUCGAUUUUCAAAGGAGUUAAAACAGCUGGAAAAGCUAUUUGGUUCACUGCUUUAGUGCCCUAUUUUGUAUUGAUUAUCUUACUGUUUCGUUCGUUAACAUUGGAUGGAAUAUUUGAAGGUUUGAAAUAUUAUGUUGCACCAUCCUUCGAACGUCUGAGCGAAUAUUCUGUUUGGCAAGCAGCUGCCGUUCAAAUUUUCUUCAGUUUAGGGCCUGGUUUCGGUGUUUUACUUAGUUACGCUAGUUUUACCGAUAAACAUGAUAAUGUUUCGAAUACGGCUUUGACCGCCAGUUUAAUUAAUUGUUGUACAAGUUUACUAUAUGGAACAGUUGUUUUCGCUGGCCUGGGAUAUUUAUCGUACCGAUUGAAAAGUGACGUACGACAAUUUACUGAAAGUAAUAUGGGUCUGGUUUUUGUUGUUUACCCAGAGAUUUUAACAUCUAUUCGCGGUGCACCUUUCUUUUCCGUCCUUUUCUUUAUCAUGCUUAUAACAUUAGGACUUGAUAGUGUCUUCGCCGGUGCUGAAAGUGUUUAUACAGCAUUAUCGGAUGAAUUUCCCAAAUUAGCGAGAUGUCCUCGUGUAUCACGUGCAUUCGUUGUCUUAAUCCCAUUCUUAGCAUCGAUUCCGACAUUGACUCACGGUGGAAAAUAUGUCGUUCAUUUCAUGGAUUUCUUCGGUACAUCGCCCUCAAUUAUGUUCAUUGUUUUGUCUGAGCUUGUGGCCACGGUGUGGCUAUAUGGAAUCGAUCGAUUCAAUCAAGAUGUGGAAACUAUGACUGGACGAAAACCAAGUAUCUACUGGCGUAUUACAUGUCGCUAUAUCGCUCCAGGGAUACUCCUCGUACUCUAUGUUUGUUCAUUUAUCCAAUUCGAUAGUCAAGAGUUUCUCUCGUUUGGCGGUCAAAAAACAGCUGUAAAAGUUAGCAUUGCAGGAUGGAUAAUGAGUACUAUUUCGACAUUACCCAUACCAGUUUACGCGAUCUGGUGGUUUAUUUUUCGACGAGAGAAGAAAAUAUCUCAACAAACAACAGCAACAACAAUUAUUGGAUAG